GGAGCCUGCGCAGAAGGUGUCGGAGGCGCAUGCUCUGUAGCGGUCUGUGCAGCCAGCAUUGGCGCCCGCGCGGGCCUUUGAGCCCCGCCCGCAGAGCCCCUCCCGCAAAGCCCCACCCGGGUGCGCGGGCAUGGCGGCCAGCCUGUGGAUGGGCGACCUGGAACCCUACAUGGAUGAGAACUUCAUCUCCAGAGCUUUUGCCACCAUGGGGGAGACGGUAAUGAGCGUCAAAAUUAUCCGAAACCGCCUCACUGGGAUCCCAGCUGGCUACUGCUUUGUAGAAUUCGCAGAUUUGGCCACUGCUGAGAAGUGUUUGCAUAAAAUUAAUGGGAAACCCCUUCCAGGAGCCACACCUGCGAAACGUUUUAAACUGAACUAUGCCACUUAUGGGAAACAACCAGAUAACAGCCCUGAGUAUUCCCUCUUUGUGGGGGACCUGACCCCAGACGUGGAUGAUGGCAUGCUGUAUGAAUUCUUCGUCAAAGUCUACCCCUCCUGUCGGGGAGGCAAGGUGGUUUUGGACCAGACAGGCGUGUCUAAGGGUUAUGGUUUUGUGAAAUUCACAGAUGAACUGGAACAGAAGCGAGCCCUGACGGAGUGCCAGGGAGCAGUGGGACUGGGGGCUAAGCCUGUGCGGCUGAGCGUGGCAAUCCCUAAAGCGAGCCGUGUAAAGCCAGUGGAAUAUAGUCAGAUGUACAGUUACAGCUACAACCAGUAUUAUCAGCAGUACCAGAACUACUAUGCUCAGUGGGGCUAUGACCAGAACACAGGCAGCUACAGCUACAGUUACCCCCAGUAUGGCUAUACCCAGAGCACCAUGCAGACAUAUGAAGAAGUUGGAGAUGAUGCAUUGGAAGACCCCAUGCCACAGCUGGAUGUGACUGAGGCCAACAAAGAAUUCAUGGAACAGAGUGAGGAGCUGUAUGAUGCUCUGAUGGACUGUCACUGGCAGCCCCUGGACACAGUGUCUUCAGAGAUCCCUGCCAUGAUGUAGCCAGGCCAAAGGACAAGCCAGGCUGCACUAUGUGAGGGAGAUUAGAGACUCCUUUUAAAAAAAAAAAGAAAUGUGAAACCUUUUUGGAAAUAUGAUUUUUAAGAUUUUAAUGACUGUUUCUGGAGAUCAUGAGUAUUUCUACAACACUGCUGCAUUCAUUUGACCGUUUGAGUUUGAAGACCACGGGAACAACUUUUAAACAAGGUUCUAAUUGCUUUCCUUCACAGGAAUCCUUUGUCCAGGCAGUUAUCCACUCCUGGACACAGGACAGUUUGGGGUUACCCAAAACUGGGAUGAGCAGUUUGCAAUGAUCCACACACUAAAGCCUGGGUUACCGGUUUCUCAGUUAUAUAAAUGAAGUUUCUCAGGUAUGUAAAU